AUCAUAAAUGAUGAAGAUAAGAAGGAAAUGAAUCGAAGUGGAUAUUUGCAUACGUAUGAAUAUAAUGCAUAAAAGAAGCAGUAAAAAUGAAAAUUCCGUACACUAUACCGAAAUAUGUAUUUGAAACAUACCGAUGUUCAGAUGAAACGACACAAUUACCGACCGAGACUGAACGAACAAUUCGGUCGGAAGAUGUUUACUGGGACGUGGACAGAGUUCCGAGCUUAAAGACCCUUGCUCUUCGUGUUAUAGCCUCUGAAUGGAAAAGAAAUCCAAUACUGGAAGAAUUACCGACAUGCGAGGACAGAAAUGAACUAAUAGAAAUUUUGUCUACCGAUUUGCCAUUUGAAUUGACCAUAAAGAAAAUUGAAGAUGAUUAUUAUUGGGAACGUUGCUCGAAAGCUAGAUGGGAACACAAUGAUUUAUCUAUACAUGGUAAUCGUUGGCGACGACGUUAUUGCGAAGGUAUUUUUAGCGAAUAUUUGGAGAAUCUCGAUCCAACUUUCUUCGAAGCGCAAAAGGAAGAAUGCGAAAAAAUGAUCGAUCUAGUGUAUAAAUACGUGCACACCAUACAGAUACGUUCUCUCAUACCUACAAGGAAAACAAGAAUAUCUCUAAACGAGGAAGAUCCUUGUGAAAAAGAUAGAGAAUAUCCUAUUAAUCACAUUCCAUUAGAUAUUAUUCUACCACGUUUUCCUUAUCUUACGGAAAUUCGCAUUAAUUUUGGACAGAUUUAUAUGAACGAUGGUUUUGAAUGGAAAGACUUUGACAUUUCCAUUGAAGAUUGUCUGGGUCUUGGUCGUGGGAUUAAAGCUUGUGAGAAAUUAAAGAAGUUUAGUUUAACUAGGAGCAAUGUGGAUCAAUUACGUAUUGCAGCUCUUCUUCAGGGAAUGGUGGAAAACUAUAAUAUAGAAGAACUAGAUUUCUCUCAUUGCAAACUGGGAAACAUAGGAGCUCAGGCAAUUGGUGAAUUCCUAUUGUUGCACAAGAAGUUGAAGGUAUUGCAUUUGGAGAACAAUAACAUAGGACCGGAAGGAGUUGCUGGCAUAAUUUACGGGCUGCUAAAAUUGGAAAACGCGAUAAUGUUUAAAGUUCUGAAUCUAGGGAUGAACCCUUUGCUAGACAACGGGAUGUUUCACAUAUGUGCCUUUCUGUUAAGAAACGAAAGUUUGGAAGUUCUCAAUGUGAGUGCUUGCAAAAUAGAAGCUGCAGGAGGUAUGGCACUGGCCGAUAUAUUGACUUCCGGUUCCAUCAAUUUCGAAAAUUUAAGUAUCGAUGUGUCGAACAACGAUUUUAAUGAAAAAAUUGGAGAGACAAUUGACUUAGCACUGAAGGAAAUUCCGUUUAUAGUAGAAUUCAAAGCUCGAAUGUGUAAUUUCUCGAAAAAAUCAGAAAAUUCUAUCUACGAGAGUGUAAUGAGAAAUAGACUAAAGAAACUGAAAGAGAAUACGAAACACAUGCUUGAAGAAUCACAAAGAAUUUCCAGCGAUUUGUCUAUCUUUAAACAAAUAUUCAACAAUGAUAUAUUCAAUAUAUAAGCUCAAAAAAUAAGAAAAUUGAUAAUAAAAUAUAAACUUAUGUGCAAAAAAUAUAAAUCAAAAAUAACAAAUGAAAAAUAAUUCAAUUUAAAAAUGAGACAAUAUACAUAUUAGAGAAAUAUAUAAAAGAAAAAAAGCAUAAAAUAGAAAACAUAAUAUAAAAAAAAUACAAAUUAUUAAACAAACAUUUUAUUUUGUAUAUAUUUCUAUAUAAUAUGUUCUUAAUAUUUGUUAAUAUUAUAUUAAAAUGAUCAAAAUUCGUUAAACUUAAUUGAUUGGAUGCAUUCAAAGCAAGUACAGGAAGAAAUUCCAAUAUCAAUAGAAUAAUUAACAUUUCUGCAUAAUAUUCAAUGAUAAUGUCUCCAUUCCAUUUAAAUAUUCAUCCAUUGCCUCAGGAAGCAUGAAGAAAAUGAUCGUCGCAAUGGAGAAGGACUAAUGAAAGAGUUGGCAACAAAAGAGCAGCGCAACGAGUAUGCAACUACUUCGAAGAAGUAUGCGAGAACCGUACGUAAAUUGCAGCAAAAGUAGGCCAGUGCUAAGACUUUUUUCAUUAUUAAGACAAACGGUUGUCAGAAAAAAAUAAAAGAUCCAGUUUUGUGCAAUCCUAGGAAUAUUCUUUCUCGAUUGCUUCUUUUUCGUAAGGAAAACAUAUUUAAUCUCGUUCUGUAUUGUGCUUUUGUAUAUUGGAAUAUAAAAAAAUGAUUCCAAGAUUCAAUCAUAUAAAAAUUAUAAAAUUUAAUUUAAAAUAUAAAUUAUUAUUAAUUUUUAAAGAAAGCACAUUACUUUAUAAUAUUAUUCAAUUGCAAUAUUAUUCAAUUUUUGCAUAUUAGUAUAGAUAUAUAAUUUGAAAUACCAAACAUAUAUUAUUAAUAUUUCAGUAGUUGAAUAGAGAAAUAUUCCAGUAGAUAUUAUAUAUAUAUUUUAUAAUAUUUGUUAAAAAUCAAUUAAAUUGAUACAGUCUUUAUAAUAUUAAUCCUAAUACUGACUUAAUUAAUUAUAUUCAAAAAUUGAUUGAAAUAAAAUUAUGUUUAUUUUAUUUUCCUAAAUAUAUAUCUUUUUAAAUGUAUAAUAACUUUUAUGAUAAAAAAUAUAUUGUUUAAAUUUUGAUGUAAAAUUGGAAUAAAUUCGAUUAUAAAAUUUUAUCGAUUUUCAAAAGGUUAUAGUUUAUAAUUUCUUUGAAAUCAUAUUUAUGGUUGAAGAAAAUGGUCAUUCUUACGGUUGUAUCUUAUAGAAAACAACUAUCAAUUAUGAAAUUCUAACAUUAAAAAUCGAUUUUCACCUUUUUAAUUUGAUAUUUACAACGGAAGUUCACAUAUUUCCGAUAAUUUAAUCACUCUGUUGAGAUGGGAAAUGUAAUUUAAGAUAUAAUUAAAUGUGCAAAGAAUAUUAUAUAAUUUUAAUUUUUUUAAUAAAAAUAAUUAUAUUAAAAUUUGUAAUUCAAUUAUUUAAAUGUUUUUUUAAUAAUUAUAUUUAAAAUGAACAUAUAAUUAUUUAUAAUACAUUGUCUUUGUAUUUAUCGAGAAAGUAAAUUAUGAAGAUAUACACAUAUGCUUCAAUU